AUGAUUCAGGCAUACGAUACCAAGGGAGGUGCGAACGGCAGCAGCGCCUUGGACGCUUCUCCUGCAUCCCCAUCAUAUUCCACAGACAGCCAUGCUGGUCCCAUGACGGUACUUGAAGAAAAGACAGCCAACAGGCGCAUUUUAUCCGCAUACGAAACACUCUCUAGAGAGGGAUUUACUGUAGAGCAGGUGGAGAAUGCGCUCUCGUCACUCGUCCCCUCCUCGCUUUCUCUGGAAGCAGCUUUUGAUUGGCUCUGCCUGCACUUGGCACCUCAGCAGCUGCCACGUCACUUCGCGUCUGCAGCUACCACUGCCACGCUGGCACGAGGUGACGUGGAGGUGGUGCUGGCUGCUGCUGACGUGGAAGGGGAAGGACAGCGAGGAGGCGACGACGCAUGGGGAGGAGAUGGAGAUGAGGACGGGGGAAGGGGGGGACGGUCGUUAGCAGAAGAAGCUGAGAGAUUCAGGAAGAUGGAGGAAGAGAGGAAAGCGAAAGAGGAGGCAGAAGAGAAAGAGAGAGAGAAGGAGAGGAAGAAGAAGCAAGCGGAUUGGAUCAAACGGUAUGUGACUGAGUACGAGAGUGAGGAGGAGGAGAGUGAGAAUGAAGGAAAGGAGGAGGAAGAGGAGGGAGAGGAGGAGGAUGACUGGGAGAAGGUAGCGGAUGGGGGGGGCUCAGGAGGAUCUACUGCAGGAAACGACUUGCUAAAGGGUUCUCCUCUCUGGGAGGUUUGGGCCGAUGCAAGAGAGAGAAGACGGAGAAAAGAGCUCAGGAAAAAGGCCCCUGCAGAGCAGCGCGUGCAGUCCUUGGCGGUGGAUUUAGGGAGGGCCAAGGGGGAGGCGGCGAAGGCGAAGGGGAGCAUGGACAAGGGCAGGCAGGCAGAGGCGGGGCUGCUGAUCCGCGAGCUCAAGGAGGAGGCUGCAGCGUAUGGCUAUUCCGAGUCCUCGCUCGAAGAGGCCAACCAGCAGCAGCAUUUCGCUAAAAAAGAAAAAGAGGAAAACGAGGAAGAGGAGGGAGGUUUUGGGCUGUUUGGGGAGGAGGACGAGGAGGAGGAGGGGGCAGGUGCGGAGAGGAGCGGAGUGUCAUUGGAAGGGGAAGGGGCAGGGGCAGGAGCAGCAGGAAAGGCAGCAGAAACGGAGGCAGAAGAGGAGGAUGUGGGACUGGAUGGGAUGUCUCUCUUCGAUGAUGAGAGUGAUGAGCAAGGAGGGAUGGGGAAGGGCGCAGCAGCAGCACUGCCAGAGAGUGUGUUGGCACUGCAGAGAAAGAGUGCGAGGGAGAAGGCAUGGCAGCAGCAGCAACAGCAAAUGCUGGCAGGUGGCAGGGGGGGAGGGAAGGCUGGAGGGAAGGAUAAGAAGGGGAAGGAUGCUGCUGCUGCGGACAUGCAACGGCAGCCCAAGGCUCUGCUGCAGCAGCACUGCCUUAAAGCCCUCUGGCCCGCUCCCAAGUACACGAAGCUUCCAGGAAGCAGCGGCACAGGGAAGUUUAGCUACUCGGUGACUGUGGUACGGCAGGGGGGGAGGGGAGGAGGGGGUAAGGGAGGAGGAGCGGGAGGGGGGAAGGGAGGGGGAGUGGGGGUAGGGCCAAUCACGUUUCAGGUGCCCGCAGCAGAGGAUGGGUUUGAGAGUGUGUCAGAGGCUCAGAACGCAGUGGCUCUUCUGGCCUUGCAUGCUCUCCUGCCGCACAUGCCUCUGCACCAUCAGCUUGUCUCCCCUUACCGAGAGCAGUGGCUGGAACUGGCAGAGAAAGCAGAUGCUGCAGAGACGAGCAGCAGCAGCGCAGCUGCAGCAGCAGAGGCAGCAGCCAGGCACCAAGUCAAGUUCGCUGCAGCACUCGUGGAUAAAGAGAUUAGGGCUAGGGAGGCCGCUGCUGCUGGUGGUACUGGUGCUGAUGGUGCUGGUGGUGGCGAUGCUGAGGAGAGCCCAUUCAAGGGUGCAGAAAAAGAGAAGGCGAUGGGAGGAGGGCAGAAGAAGCAAAAAAUCUCUUUCCUUGGGCAAGAGGAAGGCCCGGUUGUGGUGCGCAGGAGGGAGGCUCAGAGCCGGGAACUGCAGCAGCGGUGGCGCCAGUGGCAGGGCCUGGAAAUUGGAGGGGCAGGCGGGGCAGGAGGAACAGGAGGAACAGGAGGAACCAACAGAGAGACAAUGGAAACAAGUGAGAGGAGGGCGAUGCAGGAGAUGAAGAGGAAGCGAGGAGAGUUACCAAUGGCAGCAGUGAGGGAGGAGGUGGUGCAGGCGUUGAGGGAGGGGGAUGUGGUGGUGGUGAGUGGGGAGACCGGGUCGGGCAAGACCACCCAGGUGCCCCAGUAUAUCUUUGAGGAUGCGGAAGCUUCCGGGAAGGCGGGGUUCUGCAAUAUCGUGUGCACGCAGCCUCGACGAAUUGCUGCCAUAUCGGUGGCAGAGCGAGUGGCAGCAGAGCGGUGUGAGCCGCCUGUUGGGAGUGGCAGCAGGGGAGGAGGUCCUGCAGGCGUGGUUGGUUACCAUGUGCGGCUGGACGCUGUCAAAGACUUCCUCCUCGUCAUCCUCAGAGACCUGCUGGCCCGCCGCCAACACAUGAGACGACAGAUGCCACACCUCCCUGCGUUAAAGCUCGUGCUCAUGUCAGCCACUCUGGACGCUUCUCUCUUCGCCACUUACUUCUCUGGCUGCCCGGUCAUUCAAGCCCAGGGCCGGACCUUCCCCGUGGAGAUGAAAUAUCUAGAAGACGUGUAUGAGAGCACGGGGUACAAUCUCUCUUCCGACUCGCCAGCUGCUCUCAGAUCGGAAUCCAAUCAGUCCCGAGCCAAGGGCUCCAAGGCAGCAGCGGGAGGCGGUAGCAAGACCAAGCAGAAACUGCUGAAGGCGGGAUGGGGCGAUGAUGCUUCCCUGCAGGCUGAAACAGUGAAUCCGGAUUACGAUGCCUCGCGAUACAGCGACUACAGCGACAGCACCCGGAAAAAUCUGCGGCGGGUGGAUGAGGGAACGAUAGACUACGAGCUACUAGAGGACGUGGUUGCUCACAUCGACUCCACAUGCGGCCCAGGAGCCAUCCUCGUCUUUCUGCCUGGCAUGGGCGAGAUCCAGUACCUGUGGGACAGGCUGGCAGCCUCGAGGCAGUUUGGGGCGCCGGGGAAGGUGGAGUGGCUGCUGCCUCUGCACUCGUCCGUCUCGGCUGCUGAGCAGCGGCAAGCGUUUAACAGCCCUCCCAGUGGCGUGCGCAAGGUGGUACUGGCGACCAACAUAGCAGAGACGAGUAUCACCAUUGACGAUGUGGUGUAUGUGGUGGACGUGGGCAAGCAGAAGGAGACGCAGUUUGACGCCAGGAGGGGUAUGACCAGUCUGGUGGAGGCAUGGGUGGCCAAGGCGAACGUGAGGCAGAGAGCAGGCAGGGCGGGGCGAGUGCAGGCAGGGCGGUACUUUGCUCUCUUCACCCGCCACCGUUUUGAAACCAUUAUGCGACCGUUUCAGCAACCGGAGAUUCAGCGAGUGCCUCUGGUGGAGCUGUGCUUGCAGAUCAAGCUGCUGGACCUGGGCACGCCAGCACAGUUCCUCAGUAAGGCCAUUGAGCCGCCUAAGGAGGAGGCGGUGAGGAGUGCGAUGAAGACCCUGAGAGAGGUGGGGGCGGUGGACGAGAGGGAGGAGCUGACAGCCCUUGGUACACAUUUGGCUGCUCUGCCUGUUGACAUUCGCAUUGGCAAGAUGAUGAUCUACGGGGCAGUCAUGGGGUGUCUCAGCACGGCGCUCACCAUUGCUGCCUGCCUCAGCUACCGCUCCCCAUUCUCCUCCUCCUUCCACGAUCAGCCGCCAGAGCAAGGAAGGCAAGCACUCGUGGCGAAAGCUCGAGAGGCCAACCCCGAUGCAAGCUCACAGGAAGCAGCAGGAGGCAGGCAGGGAGAGAAGGGGAGCUGGGAUGAUGGCGAUAGUGAGGAUGAGGAGGAGGAUGAAGGGGGCUGGGAGUCAAAGGUAGAAACAGAGACUGCAGGGGGGAAGGGAGAGGGAGGAGCAGGUGCGAGUGGGGACGACAGGGCAUGGAACAUGGCACGGGGGCAGCAGUCCGACCAUCUCGCGAUGGCCUCAGCCUUCAACGGCUGGGUGCUGGCUCUUCAGGUGGGUGUGCUGGCUCUCCAUGUGGGUGGUGGUUCCUGA